AUGCCAGUUGACAUCGAAACCAUCCAACCCGGAGACGGCAAGACCUUUCCAGCCAACGGCCAAACAGUAUCCUGCCACUACACCCUCACCCUCGAAAAUGGCAAGAAGAUCGACUCUAGCCGUGACCGAGGAAAGCCAUUGGCCUUCAAGAUUGGAAAAGGAGAAGUGAUCAAGGGAUGGGACCAAGGAGUUGCUAAGGUGAGCAAUAUCUUGUUACUAUAAUAUCGUAAAGUCGAUUUUAGUGAAUUUUAAAAAAUUAUGUUAAGAAAGUAACUGUGAAUUUUACAAAGCUUUUAAUUUUUUUUGCUAAGAAUACGAACUUAUGAUAAGGAAUAUCCGUUAUAUAUGUUUUCUAACUGAAAUUUGUAGUUUUAUACAACAAUUAUUUGCAGAUGUCCGUUGGACAAAGAGCCAAGCUGACCAUCAGCUCCGAUCUUGGCUACGGACCUAAUGGAAUCCCAGGGACAAUCCCACCAAACGCUACAUUGAUCUUCGACGUUGAAUUGGUCAAGGUUCAGUAA